GUCAACAUUAUGGUGUUCAUGCUUUGGACUCUGAGGGACGCUGUUGAUCAGUGAAAUUAUUUAUAAGGUGGUGUCAGUUUAGUUCCCUCCCUUUUAACAGCACAUUACCAGAAGAGAGAUUCUGUCCUUCAUACGAUCUGGUGCAGGAGUGAGAUACGCUUAUAUGGACCGAUACUUGUAACCGAAAGGGAAAAUCACAACAUUUUCUUUUUUGUAAGGAUAUACAGAGCAAGGACUUAUAUCUAUACUUUGUUUAUUUGAUGACAAUGGCAUUGGAAGGAUUUAUUCGAUCUAGAAACGUAAAAUGGCUUUUGUAUUAUGGACUGCGAUGGAAAGUGCUAUUUUUCAUCAUUUAUUUCAGUCGAGUGAGUGGACAAAUCCGGUAUUCCAUUCCAGAGGAGAUGAAGAAAGGCUCUAUUAUCGGUAACGUAGCUCAAGACCUGGGGUUGGAUUUGAAACGCCUCCGAGCAGGCCGGGCCCGUAUCGUCACCGGGGAAAGCGUUCAGUACACAGAGCUGAAGACAGACAAAGGGAUUCUAGUCGUGAGUGAGAGAAUAGACCGAGAGCAGCUUUGUGGUGACGUAACACCAUGUAGCUUCAGCUUCGAAAUUAUUCUAGAAAAUCCGAUGGAGUUACAUCGAGUGACGGUGGAAAUUAUAGAUGUGAAUGAUCAUCCUCCUAUUUUUCCAAAGAAUGAUAUAAAAUUUGAAAUAAGUGAGUCUGCAACCUUGGGAUCUCGUUUUACCUUAGAGAGUGCAGAUGAUCCAGAUGUAGGAUUGAAUGCAUUACAGAAUUAUGUUUUAACUCCCAAUUAUAAUUUUGUUCUGAAAUUGUAUGUCAAUCCGGACGGCAGUAAAUACGCAGAGAUGGUGCUCCAGAAACCGUUAGACCGAGAGGAGCAUCCUCGUCUCUCUUUAAAGCUAAUCGCUAUAGAUGGCGGAAAUCCGCAGAGAUCUGGAACUGUAAAUAUAGAGAUCACUGUCUUAGAUGUUAAUGACAACGCGCCUGUGUUUAACCAGUCAGUGUACAGUGCUACUGUGAUGGAAAACGCACCGAAAGGCACCUAUAUUACCACGGUUAAUGCCAGCGAUGCUGACAGUGGAUCUAAUGGUCUUGUUACUUAUUUUUUUUCGAAUCUAAAAAGAAAUGUAGCUGAUAUAUUCAAAAUAGACGAAACCACAGGUAUAAUAUGUCUUGCUGGAGGAAUAGAUUAUGAGAAAGAUAAGAAGUACGAAGUUAGAGUAGAGGCUAAAGACCAGGGAGGUUUAACAGACACCAGUAAAGUUGUAAUUGAAGUUACUGAUGUUAAUGACAACGCUCCACUUAUGAACGUAAUGUCUUUCUCCAGCCCUCUUUCCGAAAAUUCUCCCCCUGGUACCACUGUAGCUAUAAUAAAUAUUAAAGAUGCAGAUUCGGAGAGGAACGGACAGAUCACAUGCUCAGUAAAUAUUAACCUCCCGUUUAAGAUCAAAUCAUCGUUAAGUAGUUAUUAUACUUUGAUUUCAGAUGUAGCUUUUGACAGGGAAACAACACCAGAAUACAACAUAACCAUAACAGCAACAGAUUCUGGUUCGCCUCCUCUCUCUAGCUCCAGGACAUUACAUCUUAGAAUAUCUGAUGUAAAUGACAAUGCCCCAUUAUUUAAUCAGAGCUCAUACUCUGCCUACGUCAUAGAGAAUAACUCUCCUGGAAUGUCCAUAUUUACUGUCAGUGCGCGGGACUCUGACUGGAAUCAAAACGCUAAAAUCUCGUACCACUUGGAGGACACUCAGAUCAGUGGAACUUCAGUCCCUACGUACAUAUCCAUUAACUCUGAAACCGGAGUUUUACAUGCGUUGCGCUCCUUUGAUUUUGAACAAAUCAAGCAGCUAAAUCUUGUGGUUAAGGCAUAAGACGGAGGCUCUCCUCCACUCAGUAGCAAUGUGAGUGUCAGCAUCUUCAUUCAAGAUCAGAACGACAAUGCGCCUCAGGUUUUGUAUCCAGUCCAGACUAGCAGCUCUUUGGUGGCUGAAAUUGUGCCUCGUUCAGCUGAUGUGGGCUAUCUUGUCACUAAAGUGGUGUCUGUUGAUGUGGACUCUGGACAGAAUGCCUGGCUCUCGUACAAAAUGCAGAAAACGACAGACAGGGCGUUGUUUGAAGUGGGCUUACAGAAUGGAGAAAUAAGAACUAUACGUCAAGUUACUGAUAAAGAUGCUGUGAAACAAAGGCUCACCGUUGUAGUGGAGGACAACGGGCAGCCCUCUCGUUCAGCUACAGUCAAUGUUAACGUGGCGGUGGCGGACAGUUUCCCUGAAGUGCUCUCGGAGUUCACUGACUUUACACACGAGAAGGAGUACAAUGACAACCUGACUUUCUACUUAGUCUUGGCUUUGGCUGUAGUCUCGUUUCUGUUCAUCACUUGUUUAGUAGUUAUAAUAUCAGUCAAAAUAUACAGAUGGAGACAGUCCCGCAUCCUCUAUCAUUCCAGUCUCCCGGUCAUUCCGUAUUAUCCACCGCGUUACGCAGACACUUUGGGGACAGGAACUCUACAACACGUGUACAAUUACGAGGUGUGCAGGACGACUGACUCCAGAAAGAGUGACUGUAAGUUCUCCAGACCCGGUAGUCAGAACAUACUGAUAAUGGACCCCAGUUCUACAGGGACGAUGCAGCGGAUGCAGAGUGGAAAGAACAUCCUGGAUGAACCAGACUCACCAAUAGAG